GAGGAAGUUAAGGCGUGAGGUGACCUCAUCUUUCAAAGUAUUUGCAGGGAAGUGAAAAUGACUGAGGCACAUGUUUGAGACCGAUACAGAGUGUGAAAUAGAUACUUCUCAAGCCAAACCUGGUCAGAGAAGCACCAUGGCCUGUGCUGAUGUUGACCUGAGCGUCCAUGGAGAUGAUGACCAGCCACGCAGAGCUGCGCACAGAGAGCCGCUGUUGAUGCAACAUUACCAGGCUUUAGAGCUUGUGCCGGACGUCAAAGGGCCGCUGCAUGACCUUCUGCAGAAACAACCUGCUGUGUUGGGGUCUCUGCAGAUGGUGAGCGGUCUCUUCAGUUUUGCAGUGGGAAUUCUUUUCGCAGUAACCCAGGAGAUGACACAGUCCCUCUUCACUCUGUUCAGAGUCUCCCUCCUGAGUGGAGCACUCUACAUCAUUGCUGGAUGUGUUUCCAACCUGCUGUUCAGAUAUCCAGAAUUGCUACCUAUAUCCUUCGGGGUGAACUGUGGCUGCAUUGUUGUAGCUGUAGUUUCAUCUUGUCUGAUAAGUGUCGACCUGGCAGACUGGACUCUGGAAAAUGAUCAGCAUUUGAGGGUGGAGGUGCUUGAACUUUGCGUGCUGGGGCUCGAGAUUUUUCUCUCCGCAGUCCUCUGCUUCUGGUUCGCUAAAGAGAGACGUGCCAAAUCACCAUGAUCGAGCUGAAGAAGAUGACAUUUGAGGAAAUUAAUACUUCAAAUUAAGUGUUUGUAUGCAGAGGACCAGGUGGCUGUAUAUUAGGACUUAAAGAAGUUAAAAGACUGUAUCAGCAGACUUGUUUAUUUUUUUUGUACAUCAGGCGUGGCUUUCUGUUCUGUCUCGAUUGCCUUUAUCAGAGCUGUAACCCCUGCUGAACAGGCUCAGGGCUGUGGUCUGCGUCUGAUGUUUGACUCGGACCGAGAACACAGUGCUUGUGGUAAAUAGAUGUCAGCUUCUGUCAUGUGAAGGAAAAACCACCCUUCAUCCUCCUCAACCUCUGCGUCUCUCUGUGCAACGGUAGUAGUUGGCCUCAUAGUGCUGCUCUGUCAGUCUACCUGCGAGGGUCUCUGUGUGUGGUUUUACACUUGUGCUUUUUUAUCAGUGGAAAUAUCUGUAACGUGU